AUGAAGUCGGUCCUUCUUCUCCCUGGUCAUAGCUCGCCCGACGCAACACUUCUGGUAGAUGUGGCCGGUGGCCUUGGCCAUGACAUUGACGAUUUCAAGAAAAUGUAUCCGAAUCAUCCAGGCGAUCUUCCCGUCGUCAUCAACGACGUCGAGGGCAUUGACACCAGCAUUGAGCUGAUGGGACACGACUUCCUGAUCCAGCAGCCUAUCAAAGGCGCAAAGGCCUACUUCAUGCACUCAAUCGUGCACGGCUGGCCAGAUGACCUCUCGACAUUGGAACGCACUGAAGACCACUGGCACCAGCUGGUUGAGGAGAGAGGUUUGAAUUUGAGAAUCGUCAAGUUCUGGAAGUGCGGCCAGUCUGAUGUUGAAAAUCUCAUCGAGUGUGAGUUGGUGGCUCAGCGUACGGACUGA